ACAUCAAUGUACUACAUUUAACUACUGUCAGCUUAAUAAUUGAUCUAUCAAUAAAAACUAUUUUUAAUAGCAACUUGCCAAUCUUAAAGUAUUAAAAAAUAAUUCUAUAUUAUGUUCCAUCCUCCUGUAGAAUUCUUAAUUUGAGUAUCCUUUAAAAUUAAAUUUUACAUACAUUAAUGAAACGAUUGUCAAUUAUGUGAUUUUAAUAACUAUCAUUUCAUAAGAUAUUUAGUAUUUGGUCAGUCGCCAGUUGUUAGUGUGAUAUUUUGAGUGUAAGAGCUCCUCAUUUUAAUUAUCACUAUGCGUAUUUUACGCUUUUAUUUAAUUAUUGCAGCGAUAUGUGUUAUUCAAACAUACAGCAAAACUGCAGCUCGUACUCAAACGUCAAAUAUUUUAGGAUUUUUUCCGAGUGGUAUGAAAAGUCAUUUUAUGGGAUUCAAAUAUUUUCUUGAAACUCUUGUUAAUAAAGGACAUAACUUAACCCUAAUUUCGUUUUAUCCUCUGGAUGAAGCUAAAUAUCCAUAUCGUCAUAUUGCAUUAGACUUGAAAAAAUGGAAUAUUGAGCCUCCAGGUGGAAGUAUGUUAAAUUUUGCAAAAGUAUUAAAUUUAAUAAUGACACCUAUCCAAAUAUGUUGGUUUGGACCUUUUAUCACUGAAAUUUCUUUGAAUGAAACUGUAGUAAAGAAUUUUAUUGCAAAUGAUCAAACUUCUUUCGAUUUAGUUAUUUUUGAAAAUUUUUACCAUGAAGCAUUUGUGGCUCUAGGCCAUAAGUACAAUGCUCCUGUUGUUCAACUUCUUCCUUUUGCGGCCACUGCGCGAGUAUCUCAGUGGCAUUCCAAUCCUUACAAUCCAUCAUAUAUAACUGAUGUGACCUCUUCAUUUCCUUCAAACAUGACGUUCGUACAAAGAACUAUUAACACAGUAUAUGUAUUUAUGUAUACCGUGGUUAAUAGAAUAACAUAUUUUCCUCGACAAGAAAAAAUUAUGAACAAGUAUAUGAUAUAUCCUGGACAUGAGAAUCGACCUAGUUUAGCCGAGUUAUUGCGUAAUAUAUCUUUGACACUUAUCAAUACUCAUCCUGUAAUCGGAUAUCCUUUUCCUAUGGUACCAAGUUACAUACAUGUUGCUGGUAUGCACUGCAAACCUCCAAAGGAAUUGCCCGAAGAUUUAAAAACUAUAAUGGAAACGGCCGAAAAAGGUGUUGUAUAUUUUAGCUUAGGUUCCGUAAUUCGAUCAUCAGAUAUGCCAAAAGAUACACAAUCAAUGUUACUUUCGGAACUAUCAAAAAUUGAACAAAUCGUUUUAUGGAAAUGGGAAGCUGAUGAUUUACCUCAGUUGCCAAAAAAUGUGAUUAUACGUAAAUGGUUUCCUCAAAAUGAUAUAUUAGGACACCCUAAAUGUAAAUUAUUUAUAACUCACGGAGGUGUACACAGCACUAUUGAAGCUAUUAAUUAUGCAGUUCCUAUGUUGUCUAUCCCUAUUUUUGGCGAUCAAGGGGGAAAUUCACUUCGAGCUGAAAUUCAAGGAAUAGCUUUGCAAGUGCCUUACUCCAGUUUGACACAUCAAGCUUUUGGUGAUGCUUUACACAAACUUUUAAAUAAUCCAAGUUAUGCCGAAAAUGCCAAAAAAAUAUCAAUAACUUUCAAGGACGAACCUUUGACUCAAUUAGAAAAGGCUAUUUUUUGGGUAGAGUAUGUAAUGCGCCAUAAAGGUGCAGCACACCUAAGAACUUCAGCAAAUGAACUUUAUUGGUUUCAAUAUUUGUUACUUGACAUUAUUUUCGUGGUUUUGUCUAUUCUUAUGCUUUUAUGUUACACUAUUAAAAAAAUAUUUGUUAAGACUUGUAAAAAUUGCUUCAAACGAAAAACAACCAUCAAUAAAAAAAAGCAAUAGGAUCAAUAACUUCAUUUUUUUCAUUUAAUAAAUUGAUGUAAUGAUGCUUUUUUUAUAUAA